AUGGCCACCGCGUCGUCCUCCGUCUCGCGCGCAUGGGACUCAAUCCUCGGCUCCGACUCCCUCGACUCCCCGCCCGCUGCCUCCCCUUCCGACUCCCGCUCCCCUUCCGCCACCCCCGCCGCCUCCGACGCCGCGUCGCUGCUGGAGCGCCUGUGCCCGUGGACUAGCGUGGAGUUCGGUUAUCCUGGGUCUCUUAAUUACCGCUCGUUGCUGCUUGACUUUCACGGGCAGUUAGUGUCGCCGUGGCACCACGUGCCGCUGCACGCUAAGAACGGCGCGCUGCACUUCGUGUGCAAGACACCGCAGGACUGCUGGGUCAAGUACGAGGCGGCGCCCGACGAGGACUACACGCCAAUCCGCGUACACCGCGCUCCCGCUCCCGCCGCCGCCGCCACCGCCGCCGCCACUGCCGGCGGUGUUUCGUCGCCGUCGCCGUCGCCGUCGGGUCUGCAGUUGCGGGACCCGCAACAGCCGUCGCACGGGCAGCAGGGUGCGCCGAGCCGCGACGGCGAGGCGUCGAGGCGAGAGGACCUCGGACUGCCGCGGCAGGAGGGCGACUUAAAGGAACGCGCCGCGGUGGACUGGACGCGGCUCCGGCCGCAGCACUACGCGGAGAACUCGAUGUUCAACGUGGGGUUCCUUCCGCAGACGUACGCGGACCCCGAGCAGCCCGUGGGAGCGGACGCCGCCGGCGGAAUUUUCGGCGGCGGCGACGGCGGAGGCAGUGGCGGCGUGUGGGAGGGGUUGGUGAACGACGGGCGGCCGAUCGAGGCGAUCGAAAUCGGCGGAAAGCGCAUGCGCACGGGGGAGGUCUGUUCCGUGCGCCCGCUCGCGGUGUUCGCGGUCGCGGGGCCGGCGCGCGCAGAGAUGAGCGCGGAGGGGGGAGCGGGUGGGGGAGGAAGCGCGGCAGGCUCAGGGGCAGGAGAGGGGGAAGCGGAACGCGACUGCGGAGCGGAGGCAAGCGCGGAGGGGCGGCGGGCGCUGUCGUGGGUAGUGGUGGUGGUUUCCACGGAGGACGCUCUAGCGAGUGUGAUACAAGAGGGGGCGACGGGGAUACCGUCCGUGCUGUUACCCGUGCUGGAGCAGAUCGUGGAGUGGGUGCGCUUCGCGCCUUGCGUGAAUCAAGAGGACGACGAGGCGGAGUUUCCGCUGGGCGAGGAGCCGGGGGGAAUGCAAGCGGCCAUGGUGGUGGUGGCGCAGGCGCACUGCGCGUGGCAGCUGCUGGCGGACGACUGCCCGCCGCCGCCCCCCUGGGUGCCCGCGGACCGCGUCCUUUCCGCCUCCGCGCUGCACCAGAUCUGGCAGUCGCGCGGGUACCUGCCCCCCGCUCCGCCGCGCCUUGCUUCCUCCGCCUCUGCCUCCGCCUCCGCCUCCGCCGCCAGAGCCGCUUCCCCUGCUCCGUUCCCCACGUCCUCCUCCGCCCCUCUAGGGCCGGCCCCGCCGCCCUCCUCGUACACCUCCGCCUCCGCCUCCGCGUCCGCCUGCGCAUCCCGCCCCGCGCCUCUCCCCCCCAACCUAUCCAUGCCAUCCCUGCAUCUCACCGCCUCCUCCUCCUGCUCUUCCCCCUCCGCUUCCCCCCUCCAUGCCUCCAACCCUCCCGCCGACUCCGCCUACCCGCUCCCCCCAGUCUCCCCCUCCUUCCCCUCCCCUCCGCCGUUCUCCGCGUCGUCCCCGUCCGCUUCCCCGCCGCCCGCGCUGCCCCCGUUCGGCGCGAUCCCCAUGUCAGACCAGCGCGUGGGGUCGUCGUCGCGGCGCAACGAGGCGCACGCCGCGGGGGGCCUGGGCGCGGGGGAGCUGGGCGCGCCUAUGGACGGAGCAGCCAUUGGGGGGAGCUUCAGGGGAAGCGGGCGCCUCCGGGGCUCCUCGUUACAGCCACAGUCACAGCAGCAGCCGCAGCAGCAGCAGCAGCAGAACGCGCUGCUGCUGCCACGUGGCGCUCCCUCAUUGGAGAGACUGUUCGGCCACCGCAAGGGCAAAGGCAGCAGCCACAGCGGCAGUGCUGGGAGGGGGGAAGUGGGGGGUGGGGCAACAGAUGCAUAUGCAGAUGAGGAUGAAGCAGCAGCAGCACGAGGGGAGCUGUUUGGGCGCGGAUUGUCUCUGAGCAGGGCGGAGAGGGAGGCAAGAGAGGAGCGAGAGGAGGAAACGGUGGAGGACGGUGCUGGGAUGUUCAACCGGCAGUUGAGCCUGGACCAGUUGUACCUGAGGAGGAAGAAGAGGGCGGAGAGGAGGCUCAGGGGCGCUAACAGCAGCGCCUCUGAUGCUCCUCCUCUCUCGCCUCCCACUAGCUCGGCUCUGGGGUGGGUACUUGGGGGAGGGAGGAUCAGCAGCGGCGGUGGUAACGGCAGUGGGUAUGAGGGUGGGAGGAGGCGUGGGGAAGAGAGUGUGGCAGGCGUGCAACACGGGAGCAAAGAUGAUGCGACACUUCUUGCGUUCCGUCUGUCCCCGUCCCUUGUGUCCUCGCACCCUGGUGGUGCGACGCCUAGUCAAUCCAUGGCCGGUCCAGAGGGAUCGGCGCAUGAGGCGUCAUCUGCCAUUGGUGGUUUACCACGUAGCAUUGGCAGCAGCAGCAGCAGCGGCGGCGGCGGCGGCGGCAUGAGCACGGGUAUUCAGGGCCGGUGGUGUGAUUUGAUAGAAGAGUAUGGGGGGUCUGGUGCUAGAAGCAAUGCAAGUCCGACUGAACCUGCCCGCCCGCCCCUCCCUCGCCCACUGCCUCCGAGAGCCCCUUCGCUCACCAGGCAGGGGCUGGGAGGAAGGGCAGGGGAGAGGGGGGGUGAGGGGCCGGAGAGAGAGGACAAAGGGGAGGAUAGGGAAGAGGCAGUGGUAGAGGGUGAGGAGCAGGGGCAAGGAGAUGGUGAAGACCUGGGGUUGGAUUGCAGUGCAAGCAAUGGCCAUGGGACCAACAGCAGCAGGUGUGUUGUCAGUUUGGAAGAGCAUGGAUUCCAGGCAGAGGAGAGUGGUCUUGCCCUAUCUGCUGCUUCUCCAUCGUCCGCCCCUUCAGCGGAAUCAUCAGAGGCAGCAGCAGCGGCGGCGGCGGCGGCGGCGGCGGCAGGGAUGAGUAGGAGUCCGAGCAGGGCAGGGAAGCGGCAGGUGUCUUUCCACUCAGUGGUGAAGGUGAUAGAGUUUGUGCAGGCACGGGACGGAGAGGACAGCAGCAGUGGCAGCGAGUGA